GUCCUGCUGUGAUAUAGAUGUCAUUACUUUCCUCUAUUUUCCGUGAUUCUCUGCCUACUCCACACACAGCAGGAAGAUGGCUUCAGCACAUGACAAAACUGUUCUCCAGGCUAUAUUCAACCCCACCACCCCCUUUGGAGAUGUUCCUGGCCUGAACCAAGAGGAAGAAUUAAUUGACGAUGACAGUGGUUUUGACACGGAGUUGCUGAAGCAAGUGAAAGAGCUGGAGAUGCGGGGUGUCUCAGCGGCAGAGACUGGGGAGUUGCAAGCCGCUCUUCAGCUGUUCAGCCAGGCAGUCCACAUCCUGCCUCAGCGAGCCUCUGCCUAUAACAACCGGGCUCAGGCCCUGCGGCUGCUUGGGGACACAGCCGGAGCCCUGCAGGAUCUCGACCGAGCCAUCUCCCUCAGUGGUGGCUCGGGAAGAAGCGCCUGCCAGGCUCUAGUACAGAGAGGCCUUCUGCGGAGAUUAGCGUGCCAGAAUGACGAGGCCAGGAUGGAUUUUGAGAAAGCGGCUGCACUCGGAAGUGAAUUUGCUCAUCAGCAGGCAGUGCUUCUUAAUCCUUAUGCAGCCCUGUGCAACAAAAUGCUGGCAGAGGUGAUCAACAAUCUUCGCAACCCUGACUUGGCAGAGAUGCAGUAGUUGAUGAAAAUAAAUUUUUUGCAAGAAACUGUUUUGUAUUCUGAUGUUAGAAUUAAAAAAAAUAAAAACGUG